UCCGAGGGAGGAGCGGCGUCUGCAUCCGUCUCCCAUGCAGGAGCUGCGUGUGCAGAGGAGCUUCUUCCUUGGCGUGUAGUGUAACCGGGCGAACUUAGAAACCUGAAAGCUAAAGUGGGGCGGAAUCCCUCAGUCAGGAUGAUGUCUUCCUGGGCUUUCGUUCGCAGAACUGUGCGGUCAUGAAGUCGUGUCAAUGUGCGGCCUUUUUCCCCCCUUAUGAUAUAUUUGUGGAUCUGACCCAUUGCCAUCAGGUAAUCCACUACCUUCAACGGAGACUUACCCUGAAACCAGUACAGAGGAACUGCAGGAAGGCCUUCUCCCUCUGACGAUUUCAUUAAAGAACCCCAGAUGUGGAGGGCGGUGGCUAGUGCCCUGCUGAGGGCCAAAGUCCCCAACAGCGGAGCGUGCUGCCUGCCGCCAGCGCAGAAGGGCAGGAGCCUGCUCACCAGGACCACUCGGCAUCGCUGGCAGAGAGCUGCUGUGGAGUCCUGCACCAGCCGGCCCUUUAGCAUGGACCUGGGGAUACAGAAGGUGGAAGCUCUGGAUGCCGGUCAUUUCAUCCGUAUAGAGUGGGAGGAUGGGAGCGAAAGCCGCUACCCCUGUGUCUGGCUGAGGGACAACUGCCAGUGUCCACACUGCUUCCUGCGCUCAGCCAAGGCACGCAGGCUGCUCUUCGAGGACCUGGACGUGAACAUCGUGGUGAAGGAAGUCACUGUGCCAGACAGAAAGAAGAUCUCUAUUACAUGGCCUGAUGAACACGCAAGCGAAUAUGAAGCUGAGUGGUUGAAAAAACGAUGUUUCUCUGAAGAAGCCAGAGCAGAAAUGCGAGAAGAUUUAUUUUUAUCAGAACGCCACUACUGGGACUUCAACCUGCAACUUCCCAAAAUACCUUUUCAAGAAAUCAUGUACAACGAUGAAAGUGCGUACAAGUGGCUGUGCACCCUAAAGAAAGUAGGAAUCGUGCUACUCACAGGAGCUGCCGCCAGGCAGGGAGAGUUGAUUAAACUUGGCCACAGGAUUGGGUUCCUGCGUCUCACUUUUUAUGGGCCAACUUGGCAAGUGCAAGACAAAGCAGAUGCAAACAAUGUGGCUUAUACAACCGGGAAGCUAUGUUUUCACACUGAUUACCCUGUUCUGCAGCAUCCACCUGGGGUUCAGUUUCUGCAUUGUAUAAAGCAAACAGAUUCAGGAGGUGAAAGUGAAGUUGUAGAUGGAUUUCAUGUAUGCAACAAGCUGAAGAAACAAAAUCCUCAGGCAUAUCAGAUUCUGUCCUCUACUGCUGUAGACUAUACAGAUGUUGGGGUGGACUUCUGCGAUUUUGCUGUGCAGUGUAAACAAAGGAUUAUAGAUGUGGAUUCCAGAGGCCAAGCAAUUCGCAUCAAUUAUAAUAAUGCAACAAGAGACACAGUGUUUGACAUAGCAGCUGAAAAAGUGAGGCCAUUUUAUGCAGCUCUAAAGGAAUUUGAUGAUUUAUUAAACAGCACAGAACACAAGUUUACUUACAAGCUGAAACCAGGAGACAUACUGACAUUUGAUAACUGGCGCGUGCUUCACGGGCGCCAAAGCUACCCAUCAGGACCAGCAGUGACUCGUCACCUGGAAGGUGCCUAUGCAGACUGGGAUGUGGUCAUGUCAAGGCUCCGGCUUCUCAAGGAGAGGGUCUUAAAUAGGAACUGAGUUUUUUUCUGACUAGAAUGAGCAAAACCUAGAUUGUCUAACCUCAAAAAAAAAAAAAACAAUAAAAUGGUGUUUUCUUUUCAGAAACUAACAUCAUGAAUAUAUUUUUUAGUUCUGUAAGCUAAGAAACCUUUUGUCCAUAACAAUUUAAGAUUUAUCUGUGCCCUGGUCUUUGAAUAUAUAAAAUGCAUUGCUACCUCUGACGGUUUAUUUACUUUUUAAAAUCAGCGAGCAAAUUAGCUUGAAAGAUUAUCACUUUACUGGGCUGACUGGGUACCUCAGUGCCUUUGUUUGCCACUACAAAUCCACCUGCCCUCACUAGAAAGCUUGGAAGGAAGCACCAAAAAAAAAGCUUCUAAGCAGUACUUACUAAAUAUUUGUUG